AUGCACGCUUCAGCACUCCUCAUCCUCGCCAUCGGCACCCUUGGCGCCAUGGCCGGCCCGAUGUCCAGCCCCAACCAUCUUGUCCGCCGCGAAAACAAAUGCAAGAGCUUGUUAAGCGCCUCGGACAUUAAGUGGUCCAUCUACCUCGACAACGACUCGUACUACAACAAACAGUGCGGCGGCGGCUGUCUCGACAACAUCCGGGGCAGGUGCGGCGUCGUCACCUCGUGGGAGUGCUCUCGCGACGGAAACAACCGAGGCCACAUGACCUUCUUUACGUCGAUCGGCUGCACCGAUUACGACAUGACGCAGGCUCUGCACGCGUGCACCAAGGGGGAGCAGACAAUUGACUGCAGCGCCUCGUGCAUCAAUUGCCAAAUUGAGGAUGGGUUUCCUUAG